AUGGAGUGCGGCCGUAAGCAAUGGCAAGCGCAGCUGGCGGGGCUCGCGCUCGCGUUCCUCCUCUUUGCGCCUGCGUUCGUGCAGUGCGCGGGCGCCGAGGCCGACGGCGAGAAGGACGGGCUGGCGUCGCCGGGGAAGACUGUGCCGCCGGUUCCGCCUGGGUGGACCGGCGACUCGGGGUCCGCCCAGGGGUCCAACCCUGACGGUUCCACCUGGAAGUACGAGUGGGGAUGGUCUGCUGGGCCUGGUGGAAAGGGCUCCGGUUACGGUUACGGUGGCAGCGGUGAUGCAGGCGGCGGGGCCGAAGGUGGUGGCAGUGGGAGAGGCGGUGGCGGAGGAAGCGGAAGAACGUUUGGUCCACGCGAUCGGGGAUACGGAGGACAUCCCGGUGGCUAUGGUGGCAACGGUGCUGGUGGUUAUAAUGGGGAAGGCGCGUUUGGCGGCGAAGAUGGUGGCGCUGGCUGGAACAAGCGCGGUGGAUUCCGCGGUGGAGGGACGGAGAAGAAGCAGGACGGUGGCGGUAAAAACUGA